AUGAACUUAGGUGAAGAAGACGACAGGGACAGACCUCUUCCAGAAGUCAAGGUCUUUGACAGCGCAUCUGUGACGAACGAAGAGAUCGUUGGCGCUCUCAUUUCAGCCGGCGGUUGCGUCAUCAAGAAUGCCUUGAGCACAGAAGAUUUGGCGGCAAUUGAGAAGGACACUCGUGCACAUCUCCUUGCAGACAAACCCUGGGAUGGCACUUUUUUCCCGAUUCAAACCCGGCGGGUGAACGGUCUUGCCUCCAAGUCCAAGGUCUUCAUGGAGAAGUUGGUAUGCUACAAAGCUUACCAAGACGCCUGCGACACGCUUCUGACCAGCCGG